CAACGGCAGCUGGCCCAACUCAACCGCAAGCGAGAGCCACCUCCUGAGGGAGAACUACACCUUCUUGGCCUACUACCAGCACUCCUGCCCCGUGGCCGCCAUGUUCAUCCUGGCCUACACCUUCAUCUUCCUCAUGUGCAUGAUCGGCAACAUCCUGGUGUGCUUUAUCGUGGUGAAGAACCGCCAGAUGCGGACGGUCACCAACAUGUUCAUCCUCAACCUGGCCAUCAGCGACCUGCUGGUGGGCAUCUUCUGCAUGCCCACCACCUUGGUGGACAACCUCAUCACGGGUUGGCCCUUUGACAACACCAUGUGCAAAAUGAGCGGCCUGGUGCAGGGCAUGUCCGUCUCCGCCUCCGUUUUCACGCUGGUGGCCAUCGCCGUGGAGAGGUUUCGCUGCAUCGUCCACCCUUUCCGGCAGAAACUGACACUGAGGAAAGCCCUGGUGACCAUUGCCAUCAUCUGGGUGCUGGCCCUGCUCAUCAUGUGCCCCGCCGCCAUCACCCUGACCGUAACCAGGGAGGAGCACCACUUCAUGGUGGACACCUACAACAAUUCCUAUCCCCUCUACUCCUGUUGGGAGGCUUGGCCCGAGACGGGGAUGAGGAGGAUCUACACCGCCGUCCUCUUCUCCCACAUCUACGUGGCUCCCCUCGCCCUCAUUGUAGUCAUGUACGCCCGUAUCGCCUUCAAGCUCUUCAAGUCGGCAGCGCCUGCCCAUGGCCAAGAGGAGCUGGAGGGGAGGAAGGUCUCCCGGAGGAAGGCCAAGGUCAUCAACAUGCUCAUCAUCGUGGCCCUGUUCUUCAGCCUCUCCUGGCUGCCCCUCUGGACGCUGAUGCUGCUGACGGACUACGGGCGGCUGAGCGAGGGCCAGCUCCGCCUGGUCGCCGUCUAUGUCUUCCCCUUUGCCCACUGGUUGGCCUUCUUCAACAGCAGCGCCAACCCCAUCAUCUACGGCUACUUCAAUGAGAACUUCCGACGGGGCUUCCAGGAGGCCUUCAGGGCCCCCUUCUGCUCA